AUGGAGGAAAACGUGGAACUCAGGGGCAAAGUAUGCGUUACCGGUGCAUCUGGCUUUCUGGCUUCUUGGCUGAUCAAGCGACUGCUGCUGUCUGGUUAUCGAGUAACCGGGACGGUCAGAGAUCCAGAAAAUGCCAAGAAGGUAGCACAUCUUUGGAGGCUGGAGGGAGCAAAAGAGAGACUGGUGCUGGUGAAGGGCGACUUAAUGGAGGAAGGCAGCUUCGAUGAUGCAAUAAUGGGCUCUGAAGGUGUCUUUCACACUGCUUCCCCUGUUCUAGGGCGACCAGCAUCCGAUCCCAAGGCUGAAAUUUUGAAACCUGCUAUUGAGGGUACGCUAAAUGUGCUGCGUUCGUGCAAGAAAAAUCCAUUUCUGAAGCGUGUUGUUCUGACCUCGUCUUCCUCAACUGUGAGGGCAAGAGAGGAUUUUGAUCCCAACGUACCACUGGACGAAUCAUCUUGGAGCUCUGAGAUACUCUGCGAGAGACUUAAGAAGAUCUGGUAUGUUUUAUCAAAAACUCUGGCGGAGAAGGCUGCCUGGAAAUUCUGCGAGGAGAACAAGAUUGACCUGGUCACCGUUCUCCCCUCAUUCGUGAUUGGACCUAGCUUGCCUCCGGAGUUAUGUUCCACAGCGGCCGACGUCCUUGGCUUGCUCAAAGGGGAGACGCAGAAAUUCGAAUGGCAUGGAAGAAUGGGAUAUGUGCAUAUUGACGAUGUUGCGCUGUGUCACAUCCUGGUGUAUGAACGCAGGAAUGCUCAAGGACGAUACCUCUGUUCUUCCACUGUCCUUGACAAUGAUGAGCUCGCCUCCAUUCUAUCCGCUUCCUACCCUGCCCUGCCUAUACCCAAAAGGUUUCACAAGCUUGAUAACAGACCAUCUUAUGUGAAUACAUCGAAGCUGGAGGGCUUAGGAUUCAAGAACUUCAGGUCCAUCCGGGAAAUGUUCGAUGACUGCAUCGCAUCCCUGGUGGAACAAGGCCACCUUUCUUCUUCUUGAUCAACGUCUACUCUUGGCCAUGACUACAGUCACUGCAACAAGUCAAAAGACCAUUUUUUGACCAUGUCUACUCUUGGUUCAGAAUCCUUUUUUUUUUUUUCCUUUUUUCCAUAGGGCUUUCCAGGUUUAUUGUGUCUUUAUUUGCGUUGUUAUAGUGCAAAAGUCCUGUGUCUACCAUCCCAGUUGCAACUGUGUCCUGUUUGAGGCUCUCAAUUUCUAAAGAUUGAGAUAAACGCUAUAACUUUUCUAGUCCAAGAAAGGGUAAAAAAUAGAAAAUGUUGGAGCCUAAA